AUGAGUCUAACGACCGCUUCCCCGGCGCCCUCCUCGGCGGGCUGCCAGCGUGAUGCAGAUCCCAGUAGCGUGGGCAUGAUGGAGGGGGCCUUCUUUGUCAGCCGCACGGAGCUUUUGGACUGGGUAAACAGCACUUUGGGCCUUAGCCUCUCUCGGGUGGAGCAGUGCGCAUCAGGCUGCGUUUACUUGCAGGCGCUAGACUGCCUCUUCGGGCCAAGAAGCCGCGUCGCCAUGAGCAAGGUGAAGUGGGCUGCAAGGCACGAAUACGAAUUCGUGCAGAAUUACAAAUUGCUGCAGGCGGCGUUUGAUGCUCAUGACGUGCACAAGCACAUAGAAGUCAGCAGGCUGGUAAAGGCCAAGUACCAGGACAACCUCGAGUUCCUACAGUGGCUUAAAGCCUUCUGCGAUCGACAAGCCUCCGUCUACGCCACAGACGUUCCGUAUGAUCCAAUAGAACGCAGGCGGUUGGGGGUGGGGCCCUUCCCUGCGUGGGCCCCAGUGGGCCCCGAGGCAGCACCCCCCCGGAAGCCUCUUGCAGCGUUUGCCUCUUCGACUGCAGCAGCGAAGCCAACGGCAUCAGCGAACGCACUCAAUCGGUGCAGCGUGCUGCACAAGCAGCAGAAACCAGCAGCAGCAGGAGCAGCAGCAGUGGGCCACUCCAGCGGCCCUCUGCAGAAAAGGCAGCAUCUGCAGCAGCAUGAGCAGCAGCGCAGUAGUAGGGGCGACUCUGCGGAGGCAACGGCAGCCGCUGUGGCGUCUCUGCAAGGCGAGCUUCAGCAAGCCAUCCUAGAGCGCGAUUUCUAUUACAGCAAACUCCGGAGAAUCGAAAUCUUGUGCGCUACUCCCGGGCAGGAGACGCUGAGUGUCGCCGAGGUACAGGCGAUCCUGUAUGCGAAAGACCAUGAAGAGACCCCAGAAGCUUAG